GGUACGACCAAAAUAGUUUUAUGUGGCUGCAGCAAUACUGAACAUGGCUACUACCGAGCUUAAUUUGAAAGUUGUCGCUGUUGAAGUUAAGGAUGUUAGGUUCCCUACGUCCUUACAAGCAGAUGGAUCUGAUGCCAUGCACACAGACCCCGAUUACUCAUGCGCCUACGUAACUGUCAAGCUGGCUAACGGCCUUGAAGGUAACGGCUUGACAUUCACAAAUGGCAGAGGCACAGAAGUGGUCGUCCAAGCUGUCAAAUCCAUGAGCUACUUGGUCCUUGGCCAAAUCGUCACCGACAUCUACAAAGACUUUGCCACUUUUUGGAGAUCUUUAACCAGUGAGAGUCAAAUGAGAUGGAUUGGUCCAGAAAAAGGUGUUACCCACUUGGCGACAGCUGCGAUUAUAAACGCUUUGUGGGACUUGUGGGGCAAGUUGCUCAAAAAACCGGUCUGGCGUUUACUAGCCGAUUUAGAGCCUGAAGUUCUAUUGUCAGUUAUUGACUUUCGCUAUGUAACCAAUUGCGUCACUAAGGCUGAAGCCUUGGAAUUGCUUAGGCAGGGACAGAAAGGCAAAGAGGACAGGAUUAAGGUUUUGUUGGAAAAAGGAUAUCCUUGUUAUACGACCCAAGCAGGAUGGUUGGGUUACCCGGACGAAAAAAUCCGCGAACUAGCCCAAAAAUACCUAGACCAAGGCUACACUGUUUUCAAAGUUAAAGUGGGCAAAAACCUCCAGGACGACAUUAAAAGAUGCGAACUACUCAGAAGCAUCAUUGGUUACGACAGAACCCUAAUGGUAGACGCCAACCAAGUUUGGGAAGUGCAAGAGGCCAUUGACUGGAUGAAACACUUGGCUAAAUUCAAGCCGUUGUGGAUCGAAGAACCCACAAGCCCGGAUGAUGUCCUUGGACAUGCUGAAAUCGCCAAGGCUUUGAAGCCUUAUGGAAUUGCGGUGGCUACAGGGGAAAUGUGCUGCAACCGGGUUUUGUUCAAGCAAUUUUUGCAGGCUCAGGCAUUGGAAUAUUGUCAGAUUGAUUCGGCCAGGAUUGGUGGGAUUAAUGAGAUUUUGAGUGUUUACUUGAUGGCUAAAAAAAUGGGAGUCAAAGUAUGUCCCCAUGCUGGCGGCGUAGGACUCUGUGAAAUGGUCCAGCACCUUCAAAUGUGGGACUUUGUCGCCCUUUCGGGUACCAGCGAAGGUCGAGUAGUGGAAUUUGUUGACCAACAACACGAACACUUUGUCGACCCUUGCGUCAUCAAAAAUGCCCAUUACAUGGCGCCAACUUCUUCUGGAUAUAGUACCACAAUGAAACCCGAAUCGUUAGCCGCCUACGUUUACCCGAACGGUACCGAAUGGGAAUCGAUGUUUGCCAAAGGCCUGUUCCACGAUCCUAGAAAAUAAGAUUUUUUUUGUUAUUUUGUAGCUGCUGAGAAAUAAAUUAAAUAAAAACAAGCAAAGUA